CAAGUUAAAAGAGUGUACAAGCAAAGUCAAUCUCUCUUUCUCUCCCUCUGCAAAAAUUAGGAAAGUUUGAGAUUGUGAGAACAAAAAAGGGGGAAAAUAAUGGAGAAUGGGUACUAUUCAAGCAGAAAUGGAGGUGGAGCAGGUGUAUCACCAUAUGAUCCACACAUACCCAUGUAUCAAAAGCUUUCAUCUUCUUCCUCUCAACCUUCCCAUGUUUCAUCAUCUUCUUCUCUUUACCCUAAGAUCGGUCAAUCCGGUCAGUCGCUCAUGCCUCCUUCUGCCCGUGCCCCUCCUUAUCACCAUUCUUCUUCCGCCCCUCCAACUUCUUCAGGAACUGGAAUCAGGGUUCAAAUAAAGCCACAAUAUAGGAUCACUCCUCCUCCUCAAUUAUUGCCACAAAUGGGAGAUAUACCACGAAGUGCAUUUCAGUUCGAUUUUGAUCUAGAGAAAAAAAUACUCGCCGAAGCGGAAAAGGAAAAUCAGAACUGGAGCCGUCUUGCAUCGGAAAAUUUCCCGUCAAGAACAUCACAAUCCAUGCCAGCAACAACCCCUGCUGUGGAUCCUCUUGUGAGCAAAUAUAUUGCAUCAGGCCUUAACCGAGAAGCUGUUCCUCUAGCAGUUGCAACCUUCGGGGACAAUCCCACUAAGAUUCGAGAAUUUGCGAAUGGUUUUACGCUCCUCCGGGAAAUGGGUUUCUCUUCAAACAACGUCGCUGAAGUUCUUCUCAUGCAUGACAAUGACACAGAUAAAGCUGUGGCUCAUUUCCUGAAUAGUUCAUCAUAGAGGAUUUCGCGGGUUUUUCAAAUAUCCCCCUCAUGUUGACGAUAACAUUCUUGUAGAUUUAGCCUGUGUGUAGUGAGCUUUCUCGAUGUACAAAGUAGUCAAUCUUGCUUCUGUGAUUGCUGCUCUCUGUUUGGAAGGGACACUGCGGAUAUAGUCGAAUGGUAAAAUUUCUCUUUGCCAAGGAGAGGACACGGGUUCGAUAAACCAGAGGGGUCUGUUGGGAUCAUUAUACUGUGCUGUAAAACAUUACGUUUAGAACUUUUAAUAUUCUCUGUUUAAGUCGUUGACCUAAUGAUACCUUUUCUUAGUAUCAAACAGCCACACUUUGCUUAUCCUGCAUAAAAUAUGUUUGUAACAUAAAUAGUGACAAAAUUUUGUGAGUAUUUCUGUAAUUCGAUGGGUAUAAAAUAAUAUUUGAAAUUCUGGCUUGCA